UGGGAUUUGACGCAGUGGACGUGACUCUGGAGCCGCUGGAAGGAGCAGAGACGUACGUCAACGGGAAGCAGAUCAGGGAGUGUGUGCUGCUCAGACAAGGUAACCGUAUCGUGAUGGGCAAGAGUCACGUGUUCAGGUUCAACCACCCGGAGCAGGCGCGUCUGGAGCGUGAGCGCAGUACCUGUGUGGAGCAGCAGGGGGAGCCAGCAGACUGGAACUACGCCCAGAGGGAGCUGCUGGAGAAACAAGGCAUCGACAUCAAGCUGGAGAUGGAGAGGAGGUUACAGGAUGUGGAGAUUCAGUAUCGACGAGAGAAAGAAGAAGCAGAUCUGCUGCUGGAGCAACAGAGACUGUAUGCAGAUUCAGACAGCGGCGAUGAUUCUGACAAACGCUCCUGUGAGGAGAGCUGGAGACUCAUCUCAUCCCUCAGAGAGAAACUUCCUGCAAACAAGGUGCAGUCCAUCGUGAAGCGCUGUGGUUUACCCAGCAGUGGGAAGCGACGUGAGCCGCUCCGCGUCUACCAGAUCCCCCAGCGGCGCCGCAUCAGCAAAGCCCCGGAGCAGCUGACCCUGAGCGACCUCAAGCUGCAGGCGGUGAAGGAGAUCUGCUAUGAGGUGGCGCUCGGAGACUUCCGACACUCGCGGCGGGAGGUGGAGGCGCUGGCCAUCGUCAAGAUGAAGGAGCUGUGCCGCAUGUACGGGAGACGGGACGCCGAGAAGGACGGCUGGAGGGAGGUGGCGGAGGACGUGUGGGAGACGGUGGGCAUCGGGGACGAGCGGUCGCAGGACACGGCAGACGCAGACGCAGAGAGCGCACGCAGCGGUGUCUACAACCUGAAGGCUCACAUACACAAACUGACCGACAUCCUACAGGAGGUCAAAGAGCAGAACAACAUGAAGGACGAGGAGAUCAAAGCCCUCAGAGACAGAAUGAUGAAGAUGGAGAGCAUCAUACCGGUCGUACAGCAGGAUGACGAUGAAUCGGAGGAUCUGCCCCCAGACGGUGAUCAGGGGCGGGGCUUAGAUGAGGAUGGGCAUAGCUGUGUCCCCAAAGAGGAGCGCGUGUCCCGGUUGAUGGAGGAAGACCCUGCCUUCCGCAGGGGUCGCAUGCGCUGGCUCAAGCAGGAGCAGAUGCGUCUGCAGAACCUGCAGCAGCAGCAGAUCACCAAGCGGCUGCGCAGAGGGGGCGGGGCUGUGGGUGGGGACGGAGGCGUGGUCCACCUUCCUGGAACGGGACGCUUCAUUCCCCCGCAGGACUGCAAGCUAAAGUUCCCCUUUAAGAGUAACCCGCAGCACCGGCUGUCCUGGGGACCCAACACAUCAGUAGUAGUGGACAACCUUAAGGUAGAUUGCAGUGAUGGACGAAGCCCCGCCCCUUCUAUGCCACUACUUCCUUUACCGUUCCAAAUGCCAGUUGUUAUGCGUGCACCCUCACCUAGUCGCACUUGGCAACCUCGCCACCCUAGCAACGGUAACUAUGUCAACGGCAAUCAGUUUCCUCAGCAACAGCAGUGGCGCUACAGACGCAACUCGCUGGACGGAUCCAGCAUGCCUGCAAAUCAAGGCUACUACGGCAACGGAUUCCACCACAACAACAACAACAACGCCUCAGGCCGCGGUCGUUAUCGGCGACAGUCGCCAGGCCCCUGUGCACGUGGCGACGGGGCGUACGCACAAACAUACGCCAAUCAUCAGCGACCAGCCUACCAGACGCUACCGCACACGCUCACUGAUCAGCAGCACGGCAGAAACCAAAAACCGCAGGGCUACGUGACGCCGCCGCGCAUGAGACGGCAGUACAGCGCCCCCGACCUGAAGAGCAAAGAAACGCCCGUCUGAUGUGUGUGUGUGUGUGCUCCUUCUUUUACUGUCGAUGAAUGAUGAUGUCAUGAAACCCCAGACGUGUUGCUUUGAUUGGUCAGUGUGUUCGUUAAAGCAGUCUCGUACAGUCAGACUAUCACUGAAUGAGUUUAUUGUUACACUUUAGACAGGCAGAGACCCGUUCACAUCACCCAUGUAGAAAUGGGAUCUAUGCAAGUACAUGCAAAUUAUAUAAUUGAUAUUCAAGUUUAUAUUUUGUUUUCCUUUAUUUUCAUGACUAUGAAAGUUGUCGAUUCACACUGAAGGCAUCAAAACUAUUAACACAUGCUUUAUUUCUCGAAGCUCAUCAAGAGAACGCCAAGAGUGUGCAAAGCAGUAAUCAAAGCCAAAGGUGGCUACUGUGAAGAAGCUAGAAUAUGACAUAUUUUCAGUUUUGUCACACUUUUUUGUUAUGUAUAUAAUUCCACAUGUGUUCAUUCAUUGUUUUGAUGCCUUCAGUGUGACUCCACGAUUUUCAUAGUCAUGAAAAUAAACAAAACUUCUCAAAUGAGAAGGUGUCCAAACUUUUGGUCUGUACUUAUAUAAAUUAGAUCAUAUAUGCAACAAAUAUUUCAAAAUAUGGCAGAAUUGGCUGUUUACAUGUGUAUUUUUUCAGUCAUUGGAAUUACAAAUAGGCACAUAUGUUAAAAUUUAUUAAAUGUAAUUGCUUUGUACAUUCACCCAAAUAUCAAUACAAAUAUAAAAUUAUAUAUAUGAGCAACAUCACACGAGUAGCAGUGUGAUAUGGCUGUAUAUCGGCACUGGUGAGAGGUGUGCGAUGGUGCCUUAGUGCCCCCACCAGUGCU